AACGAAGUGGGAAAUCUCAAUUCUCAAGUGGAUAUUUGAGUCCACAAGAAAAAACCCCAAAUAGCAAAACAAGUCGGAUUACUUUCAGUGAAGCAGACCUCCUCCUCUGCGUAUUACGGAGUAUACAAAUGCGAAUAAACCGCCAUUGAAAAACUCAUUUGAAGGUCAUGUCUCGAACCCUAAAUAUCAUCUCCAACAACGUUCAAGGCUAUGGACCGUCUGAGAGCACCUCUCUCCCGUGCUUGGGAGUUUCCAGAAGGGCAGUUAGUGUAUCAACUUGUCUGCGAAGUGAAUGUAAAACUGCUCAGGUGAAAAUAAUAUCAUCAAAAUGUUCUUUGAAACACAUGUCUUUUGUCUGCAAGGCAAGUACAGAGGGUCAUAGAAGAAAUCCAGACUUCCCUAGGCAUAACAGGUCCGGAUACUCCCGAAAUAGAAACCGGUUGAACCAAGAGAAGGAAAGCUCUGACAACCUUGAUGAAUCCGAGUUCUUAUCAACUCAAAACGGGCCAUUACUUUCUCUUUCAAAUAGCCCGAAAUCCCAUGCUACUGCUACUCCAGGACCAAGAGAACGGGAAAUUGUAGAACUGUUUAGGAAGGUUCAGGCUCAACUUCGUCAAAGAACCGUUGUCAAAGAAGAGAAAAAGUUUGAAGCUUUGAAAGGGCAAAAUAAUAAAGAGAGUGAAACAGUUGAUUCUCUGCUUAAGCUUUUGAGGAAGCAUUCAGUUGAGCAAGGUAAAAGAAAAGUCAAUGGUGGUGGUAAUGAGUUCAGUUUUGAUCAUCCAAAACAGAGUGGACAACAAUCCAAUGUGGAUAAUAAGAGUAGUAAAAGCUUUUUCAAUUCCAAUAGUAUUGUUAGGGAAGAGACUCAAGAAACCAAUAACAAGCCUUCAUUUACCCGUCCACCAUCAGAAUUCCGGCGUAGGUCUCCUGUUCCUAGGGUUAAAUACGAGCCGAUUGUCUCUCAUUCUGAUCUUGAUGUAAAGACAAAUGAGACACUCACUGAACCUGAACCUGAGCCCGAGACUGAAUCCGACUAUGAUCUGGAGCCGGAUAUGGAUCUGGAACCGGAUAUGGGUCUGGUGUCGGGUCUUGAGCUAGAACAAGAAGAAGAGGUAGAGUUGGAAACUGGUGCUGAUUUGGUGGAUGAACCUGAACCUACAGUUAGUAAGUUGUCAGAGGCUGUUGUUUUAGAUGCUGAUGUUUUAGAUGCUGAACAAGAUGAAGAUGAUGAGAAAGAUGCAGAAAAGGAGUAUACUGAACCCAAAGACUUGAGUUCUAUGAAGCUAACGGAGUUGAGGGCGAUUGCAAAAGCUCGAGGUAUGAAAGGGUUCUCAAAGUUGAAGAAGUCUGAGCUUGUUGGGUUGCUCAGUGAUGACUCCAUGUAAUCUUUGUUGAGAUUUCUCCUUUUUGGAGUUGAAUUUCAGUGUUUUCAGUUAGGUGAAAUGAGUUGUUUUGUUUGUUUAGGAAUAGGUGCUGAUAAGUUUAUUCCCCUUCCUCCUGUCAAAAAUUUUGAAUCUGGAAACCAGUCUGUUUAUUGGUGGUAUACUUGCUUUUUAUGUUGGAUUUUGGAAGGAAAAUCAGGAUUUGUGGA